GAGAGAUCCCCAACCCAGACUCAGUCAACAAGCCCAGUUCCACAGCAUCAAGACUGCCUGGUUGUGGGAGUUACCCCUGUCCUCAAUGUGGAAAGUGUUUCAGUUCCUCAACUCAUCUAAAGAAUCAUCAAAGAGUACACACUGGAGAGAAACCUUUUGACUGCUCGGCAUGUGGGAAGAGUUUCAGUGAGAAAGUAAACCUUAAGAGACACGAGAGAGUACAUAGUGGAGAGAAGCCUUACCAUGGCACCACGUGUCUGAAGAGCUUCAAUCACUCAGGGAGCCUUAAGGACCACCAGCGACUACAUACAUGGGAGAAACCUUACCACUGCUCUCUUUGUGGGAAGUGUUUCAAUCGAGCAGGAGACCUGAAAACUCAUAAGAAAUCACACAGUGGAAAGAAGCCUACCUGUACUUUCAAUGUGAUUGUCAAAGAGGAGGAGGAGGAGGAGGAUGAGGAGAAGGAAAUCGAUAAGGAAAAGAGUGAACAGCAGGAACCUAGUGGUGUAGUUGUCCCAGAUACAUCAAGACUAUCUGGUUGUGGUCGUUACCCCUGUCCUCAAUGUGGGAAGAGUUUCAGUUCCUCAGGUAAUCUAAAGAAUCAUCAGAGUGUACACACUCGAGAGAAACCAUUCCACAGUGCCACAUGUGGGAAGAGUUUCAGUGUAAAAGUCAACCUCACGAGGCAUGAGAUGGUACAUAGUGGAGAGAAGCCGUACCACUGCACCAAAUGUGGGAAGAGCUUCA